UCGGUGACACAUAAUUCGAUCGGGAGCAACGAACGGCCAAAAGGCUAACUGAGUUUACAGCUGUUACAGCUCAAAUGGCUUUCUCCUAUAUCGGUAAACAUUUAAUAUUUACUGCAGCAACAAAUGGCCAAACUGAUGCUGGGUUUGUUCGUUUGGGAAAAAGUAUAGCAGUUUUGGGUUGAGUUCGUUCGGUUGCGAGGGGGAGAAAAGUGGGUGAAUAGAUGGAAACUUCCCGCUAGAUAAAAAGAAGCAACUUGGACUAUUAAAUUGAUUGAUUCGAUAAUGUUCAUCACAAAAGCUCUUCUUCUCAUUGCACUCGCUCCAUUCCUGACUUCUGCUUUGGAAGAUGGGUUCAUUUGUCCCAAGUUGCUGCCCUCCGAGUUCGUCAAAGACCCCAACCCCAAAUAUCCCCACCCGACAAACUGCCAAAAGUAUUACGUCUGCUUGAAAGGAGUGACCCCAGUUGAACAGAGCUGCUAUCCCGGAGAGGUCUUCAACAACAACAGCAAGCAGUGCGACCUCCCCGAGAACGUUACUGAAUGCAUCGACUGGUACAAGGAUCAUCCUGCAGGCGACAUUGACGCAGAUGGCGGAAGAUUCUAUGGUCGCAAAUAAGUCGAUCAACAUUAUCCUACAAUCCUUCGCCUCAACCAAUAUUUAUUCUGUUUAACGUUUAUUAUCAUGGAAUCGGUAAAUACUGGCCCUCUUCAUUAUUAUUUUAUCUGGUCAUCUGUUGCGUUAAUACUUAUAUACAUAUCUCACAUUACCUAAAUUCAGCCUAAAUUAAAAAUAUACGGAGACUAUUAAUUAUACUACUGCUAUAAGCGGUUGAGCAUUCAGCAUGAGAUGGAAAUGAAUUGAACGCCAAACAAAUGGUGUUGACGCAACAAAGGGACUCUAUGUAGACCGGUUGGUCCAGCUUUUUGCUGGUUUGUUUGUUUUUUAACUCUCCAUUUCAGCAGAGUUACAACACACACACCACACAUUAAGCAUGUACGCGUUUCGGUGCCCUACAGCUGAUGGUUUCAGUGAACCAGUUUGGGGUCUCUCGAUUACCUUCACGUCCCUCAUUCGCGCCUUUAACGGCGCGUCGUUAAUUCGAGUGUCAUGCGCGCCCUGUCUCUUUUGCCUGCCCAGCCAAAGGCGAUCGUUUUUUCCCUUUCACUUUUGCAUUCGCCUC